GGUAUUGACUGUAAGGGAAAGUGUCGCGAUGAUUCACUUUCAGCUAUGGAAUAGUUUUGUUAGAUCUAUCAUGGUUUUCCAUUCGCAAGUGUGUUAUCGUUAGUUAGAACAAUGUUGCGAUGAAUUACGUGUAAACCUGAUUGAAACAUUCAAGAUGUUUAAAAGAGAAAACCUACGCAAGAAUUUUCUGCGCGUAAAGCAGAACAUCGACCAAAAUCUUGGAAGGGCGGAGAAGUCUGAAGUGCUGUCUGAGGACCAGCAGGAAAAUGAGAAGAGGGUGGAGGUGGUGAAACAUGUCUUUCAGAACAUCUCAAAGAAAGCAGCGGCAGUGCUGCAGGCUCAAGGGACAGACAACGACAAGCGCCUGAAAAAAUUACCAGAAUAUGGUCUAGGUGCAGCUUUAAUAGAAUCAGCUCAAGCUUUAGGUGGCGACACAUUGCUGGGGUCUGUAUGCCAACUGUGUGGGGACUGUCAGCAAAGUUUAGCUAAGGAACAACUUGAAUAUGAGACCAAUAUUGAGGCUGAGUUUAUUGCCCCAUUACAGAAUAUUUAUGAUGUGGAGAUCCCAAGCAUAAUGAAGUUCAGAAAAGCCUUGAACAAAUCUACCCUAGACAUGGACUCUGCCAAAACCAGAUUAAACCAAGCGAUGCGACAGUCCCAAGUCCCUGGUGCUAACAUGGCCAGUGCUGGUGCUAAAGUUGACGUCAUCAGGGAGGAAUACGAGGAGGCGUCUGUCAAAGUAGAAACCAUUAAAGAUAAUUUGUCCAUAGAGUUGUGUAACUUUGCUGCUAAAGAAAGUGACCAAAGCUACAGGAUGUUGCUACUACUUCAAGCUCAAGCUAAUUUUCACAGAAAAGCAUUGGAGGCCAUUGAAGCUUGUAUACCUCAGAUUAAACAAGAAAUACAUAAUUCACCAGCCAAGCCUUGCUACGGAAUGCCUUUAGAGGAACAUCUUCGCCUGAUGUGUCGAGACAUCGCCUUAGUUCUAGAAGCUUGUAUAUUAACAUUAUUAGAGACUGGCAUGGAGGAAGAGGGAUUGUUCAGAAUAGCAGGUGCAGCAAUCAAGCUUAAAAAAUUAAAAGCAUGUUUUGAUGCUAACACAGUCGAUAUGGAGGAGUUUAGUACAGACCCCCAUACAAUAGCAGGUGCACUGAAACAAUACCUGCGAGAACUGCCAGAACCUUUACUUACUUUUGCUUUACAUGACGAUUUUUUAAAGGCAGCAUCACUGCCACAAGACCAAAGAUUACAAACCCUGUGGACUUUAAUAAAUAAACUACCCAAAGCAAACUAUAAUAAUUUUAGGUAUCUUAUAAAAUUCUUGUCAAAGCUAGCUGAGAAAAGUGAUAUCAACAAAAUGAAGCCUAGUAACAUUGCAAUAGUCAUAGGACCCAAUCUAUUGUGGUCUGAGAAAAACAAUGCUCCGAACAUGUUGACAACAGGCACAGUCAGUGCAAUCAUUGAGGCCAUAGUAACCCAUGCUGAUUGGUUCUUUGCUGGAGAUUUCGACUUCAACAUUAUCGACUAUCGUGAAGAAGGUCAGGAAGUUCAGACAGAGAAACAGAACAACAAUAUGGAGGCGCUAAAGAUUCAGGUCUCCUGUACACCUGUUGUUAACCAGCCACCUAGUCCUGGUUUAUCUACAGCCACUUCAAACACCUCGUCUACAGGUAGUUUACCUGUGCCUCACGACAGCCCAGAACCCCUGAGCCCUGUACAGCGCCGCGGGACCCGCAAACCUGCCCCACCCCCUCCCCCAGAGAGACCAUUCACUGUCAUGGUGACGGCCACAACAGCCCUGGGAACCAACCGGCCAGAGGCCACCCACCCAGCGGAGAGUGACGGCUCAGUUAACAAUGGUCAGUUUCAAACUUGGCCUCGCUCAGCCCCUCUUGCCUCUCCAGAUUCGCCCUCCGAGCAGCAGCAGGAGAAAUCUAAACUCCCCAGCGGUCAUUUAGACCGGCCGUCUAUGCCGCCUCCCGAUCGGCCACAGCGGCCACGAAUGCCCCCGACGCUAAAUACGUCUGUGGGCCGGGGCCACCAGAGGUCUGCAUCCACAGGGACAAUGAUAAACCAGACAACAGUGACCUAUGACCCACAUGCGGGCGUGCCCAACGCAGGUAGUUUGUCUUCUUACAGCAUUAUUGAGGGUGACCAGGAUAACGCUACAGUAAACCAAGGUGUUGGGUCUGAUACUGUUAACUCCACCGCACACUCUCAAGGCUCAGUUGCCGCAGGCCUCUCGCACACGCUGGGCAGGCACUCCAGCGUGCGGCCCAGGCUGACGCCCCCUCCACCCCCGCCGCCAGUAGCCAGAGAGUCAGAAGAUACUAAAUUAUGAUAAUAUCCACCCCCCUUCACCCCCCUUCCUUCUGCCAGCUGUGUUGUCACUCUAUAUUUAACUUUUAUCCUACACUACAGAAAGUUUUCUUCACUGUGGAGUUGUGAAUCAGAGCAUCUUUAUCUGACUCAGAUUUUUAUACAAUGUCUUGGAGGGUUAUUUUUGGUCCAAAAUUUUUCCUUGUUAAAAAAAAUGUUCAAUAAUUUCUUCUAUGCUUUUUAUUUUUCUGUUCUCCAAAAGACUUUAUUUCUCCAGUGCUCCUCUUAGGGUUUUAGUACUUGACACUUUUUGUAAUUGCUAUGUACACAAUGCACCAUGUUGGUGUGAAGUUAAAAACUCGGAUUAUUUAUUAGAUAACAAAACAAAACUCCUGUGGCAACUGCUUGAGUGUUGCGUUGAGGACACAUAACUUACUCACUGCAUGCAUGUACGACUCCUCAUUCAUCUUAUUAGCUAUUACAACUGUAAACAUUAUAUACGUAGACAAACAUCGCUUCUUUUAAUUCUGUCUAUCUAGAGCCAUUUAACAAAGCAUGAUUUUUUCGCCCUCACUAAAAAGGUCUUCAUUAUUUAUAUUUGAAAAAUUUGAAGUUGUUUCUUUUAUUUUUCUUUGCUAGAUUUAUUAACCUUUAUAUAAAAAUUUCUAACUUGCCUUCUUUGUGAACAAUUUGUGAUAAAAUGUAAAAAAUAUUAUUUGACUAUUUUUUUUUCUCUGAAUAACUAUCCUGCCAAUUUUACGAAGAUUUUUCUCUAGUUUUUGUUUGUAUUGAUAUAUAUAUAACUUUGUAUUUCUGUCUGUAGAUAAAAAGUUUUAGUAAGUACUCUUUGUUUACAUCAACAACCAAUUUGCUUCAUUGAUUUCAGAUAGCGCUGAAGUUUUUUUUCUUUAUAAAACAACCUAGUUGCUUGAGACGUAUAAAACAUUAGCUCUCUGUUUCAGGAUGUAUCAUUCUGCUUUUUGUCUUUCAAUUUUUUUUUUUGUGUGUGUGUUACAAAAGUUGGAAAAAUAGAUAAACUUCUAGGUGUGACUUAGCCUUUUUUUAAACAAGUUAACAUUUUUUUUAAACCUGUAAAUACUAACUUGCUUAUAGGAAAAUAAUAAAUUGUUUAAUAAAAAACACUCUUAAAAUCUAUGAAGUGCUAAUUGAACAUCAGCAUUAUUAAGUACAUUUUUUGUGAGUGGUGAUUUUAAUUUUUUUUUAAUGUAUAAAUCUGCAAAUGAAACAAAAAUUUGUGAACAUAAAAAAAAUGGGUUGGUUUUCUAACUAUUUGAAUAACAAAUUUCAUAUUCAUAAAGGACAAACUAAAUUUUAAGUGCACCUCAUAGUAGAGAAAGAUUUAAAAAAAUUUUAAUUGGAAUUUAAACUGUAUAUUUAUCUUGAUUAGCACCCAUGGACCGUGUCUUUGAAAAUAACAAUUUUUAACUUUUUGCACUUUUCACACAAUUUUUUAUUCAAUAUAACAACACAUGGUGAUGAAACCAUUCCAAUUAAUUCUGAUCUUUUUUUUUGUUCCAACACUGUUUUUUUCCCCUAAUAUUCAGUAUCUGCUUUUUUAUAAGACAGCAUUACUUUAAGUUAUAAAAUUAUUAUAAUUUAUUAACUGCUGUACUGUUUUUCAAAUUUGUAUGCACACUUAAAACACAAGUUAUGAAUAAUUUCAACAAAUAAAAAAUUGAGUGGCUUGCAGAACUGUUUAGAAAAGUUCAGUUGAACAUUUUUUUUAAAACUACAGUAAAAUGAAAGUCAACUAUAAUUAAAAUAGAAAUUUAAUAGAAUCCAGUUUUGAAUUGUAUCAAUUGGUAACAAAAAGUGCAUGAGAAUAAGAAAUGUAAACAAGGAUAAAGUAAGUGCAUGGGUAUGUAGAACUGGACAAAAGGAUUAAGAAAAAAAAGUGCAUGGGAAUAUAAAAACAAACAACACUGGACAUAGAGAUUAAGAAACUGCAUGGGUAUAGGAAAUUAGACAUCAGAAUUACAAUUUUAAAAUGCAUGGGUAUAGAGAACUUGACAUUAGGAAGUACAAAUUAUUAAAGAAUUGGACAUGAAUCUGAUGAUUGUUCUACAUCAAAAUAAAAGAGACUGGGUGAUUUUUUGAGACGUUAAGUAUCUAAAAGAUGAAUGUGUUAAGUCUUUUAAAUUUUGAUCUAAAUUAGUUUGCAGUUUUUAAAAUUCAUGAAAACAGAAGGAAACAUGUAUAAAUGUCAGAUAAAACUUAGAUUUAUCACUUAACAUUCUAAUACCACAUAAUGCUGUGUUUAUUUUUUCUUUACUAACAUCUGAUAGAGCUGUGUUGUACUCCAUACUGACAGUCUCAAACAUGGCUAUACAUUACUACUUGUGGGGCAGAUUUCACCCUAUAAUUUGGUUUAUACUGUUUUGUCCCUUUAUAAAAAGGUGAUGCAUUUUUUUUAAAGUUAACACUGUAUUUUUUUUUACACUAGUCUAAAGCAAAGUGUUAAAUGGAAAGAUCAGUUAAUUUUUAUUGUUGCCCCAAAAUAAUAUUUGGG